GACACCCUGUAGCUGAGCCGGGGGCGCGCGAGCCGGGGGCGCGCGCGGCGAGAGCUUCGCGGCUCAGCCCGGCUCCCCGCCCGCCAGCCCGAACCCCUGUGACUCCGGGCCGGGAUCCCGCCCGCCAGCCGGCUGGCCCCCUCGUAGGGGACGUGCUGCUGACCCACGCCUGCGACCAGGAGGACGCGCAGCCAUGGGCCGCCUGGCCGGGAGUGCGGCGGCGCUGCUGCUCGGGCUGCUCGUGGAGUGCACAGAGGCCAAAAAGCAUUGCUGGUAUUUUGAAGGACUCUAUCCAACCUAUUACAUAUGCCGCCCCUACGAGGACUGCUGUGGCCCCAGGUGCUGUGUGCGGGCCCUCUCCAUCCAGAGGCUCUGGUAUUUUUGGUUCCUCCUGAUGAUGGGCGUGCUCUUCUGCUGUGGAGCCGGCUUCUUCAUCCGGAGGCGCAUGUACCCCCCGCCGCUGAUCGAGGAGCCGGCGUUCAACGUGUCCUACACCAGGCAGCCCCCGAACCCCACUCCAGGAGCCCAGCAGCUGGGGCUGCCGUUUUACACCGACCCUGGAGGACCAGGGGUGAAUCCUGCUGGGAACCCUGUGGCGAUGGCUUUCCAGGUCCAACCCAACUCACCCCAGGGAAGCAUGGCCUACCCACCGCCCCCUUCCUACUGCAACACGCCACCGCCCCCCUAUGAACAGGUGGUGAAGGCCAAGUAGCCGGGAGCAGCCUGGCACCUGCCUGUGCAACUGGCCGGGGAGGCCGGGGGAGGCUGUCGCCCGCCCUCCCUGGCGCCCCAUCACUGUUCACCUCCAGGAAUGGUCUUCUGAGCCACUAAGGGCAAAUUCCUUUCUGAUAUCUUCAAAGCAAGCACAGCUUCCUUUCAAGCUUUCCUUGGAGGACCAGUAUUUGAAUUCACCCCGUGUCUCCUCUGUUGCUUCUGUUUCCAAUGUCAUCUGUGCUCUGGCCGAGUGGACAGUCCCGAGGGUUGACCCCCAAGGGUGGCGCACCCAGACCCUCACGGGAGAGACCCCGGCAGAAGGUGAGGCAGGGCGCGUGCAGGUGAGUACGCGCGAACGCGAGGAGGGGCCCAGGGCGCCCGGAAGGCCACACACACGGCAGGUGGCCCGUCUGAAAUGAGGCACCACAGGGCCAGCUGUGUGAGCCCCUUGCCCGCCAGUCUUCCUCUUCCAAAGGCUCUCAGAGAAACAGGCGUGGGCGGCGCAGCCGCGGAGCCCUCUCUUCUCCAUCCCCUUCCUGAAGACCAGAGCUGCCCUCUGCACAGCCAGGGCGGGGAGAGCCCUGGGCAUGGCUUGCACCUCAAGGAGAUGGGGAUCCAGAGUCAGGCCAAGCUGCUGUCUAUAGUUACCUGAAAGUCACUAAGGAACGUUAUUUAAAUUCAUGGGAAAUUGCCCCCUGCCUCCAACCGGACAUUGCGUUUGAUGAGCUCUUGGUCUGACUUGGGGAAAAAAGUGUUCGAGCCCUUUUCAGUGUGUCCUGUGGAAGGUGGCGUGGAGUCCUGUCCUGAGGUCAGACUCGGAGUCUUUCCUGGACAUCGGCAGCUCUCUGGCCUGGGAUCACGGCCAGGCAGCUCUGCGCCCUCCCCUGAGGUAGCUCUGACGGUGCGUUGUGAUGGACGCUUUCAAAGCAGACAGGCACGUCCGGCUGGGAAGCCACGUCAGCCUCUGGAGAGAGGUGUCCCGGCAGGGCGCAGUCAGUGGCUCGAGCCUGGGCUGGGCAGGCCUGGGCCCUGGCUGGUUGGCCUCAGCAGGUGUACGCCGGGCUCCAAACAGGAGGAGCUUGCUAAGAAAGAGACGGGAACGCAAGACCCCAGGACUGCAGAGCGAUCUCUUCAGAAAGGGCUGAACAGAUUUCACUGAUGAUGAGUUCAUCAAAAUUAGAAUAAAGAAGAUCUGGUUGGAAACGCAAA